AAUAUAGAAUGCACCCUACAUGCGUGUCCCACAGCAAACUCUUCCAGGGGCCAAGAGUGGAUAUGUCAUUGUUGUCAUGAACACUUGUCAAAAAAAAAGACAAUUCCAUACGAGGCCCAGAGUAACAAGAUGAAGCUCCCAGAAAUACCUCCUGAGCUAAAGAGUCUCAAUACUCUGGAGUCGCAACUCAUGGCCAAGAGAAUACCAUUCAUGAAAGUUGCAGCUCUCCCGAAAGGGGGUCAGAAAGGAGUUCUUGGCCCAGUUGUGUGCGUUCCAGCAGAUGUGAGCGAAACACAUGCAAUCCUUCCCAGAAUGCCUUCAGAAGCUCAGUUAAUCAAAGUCAAACUUAAGAGGAAGCUUCAGUACAAUGCGUAUCAUAUGUAUAGACAAAUCAGUCCAUUGAAGGUGGAUGUUGCACUGAAGUACCUUGUAGAAAAUAAUGAACAUUACAGCGGUACGUCUAUUGAUGCAGACUGGACUUUGUCGUGGAACAAUGGAGAAGGGCUUGUUGAACAAUCUGAUGCUGAACAUGGAGGGAAUGACAACUUAGAAGUUGGUACAACCGCAGAGCACAGCGAGUUUGUCAAUGAGGAGGGCAACGAUGUGGUAGGACCGACUGGAGAUGGAAUGGAAGAUGAUGAAAUGGAUGACGUUCUUCGUCGACUUCGACAGGUGAAUUUGGAAGAGGCGAUCGAAGAAGCCAGACAGGUGAAUGUUGAAGAGACGAUUGAAGAAGCCGGACAGGUGAAUGUGGAAGAGGUGAUCGAAGAAGCUGGACAAAUGAAUGUUGAAGAGACGAUCGAAGAAGCCGGACAGGUGAAUGUUGAAGAGACGAUCGAAGAAGCCGGACAGGUGAAUGUGGAAGAAGCGAUCGAAGAAGCCAAUCUGAUUGAGGAAGAGGAACUGGACAGCCUCUUACGGGGAUUGCCACACGAUACUUGCCUCCAGCCAGUAGACAUAGGUCAGGAUUUCCUAGACCACCACGAUGAACGCAUCAUGUGCGUGGCUCCAGGAGAGGGGAAGAAGCCUAUUUCUGUGUUUCAGGAGGUUGGAGGAGAGGCAAUGUCCUUCCCCGUUCAAUUCCCUACAGGCAAGUUUUCUUUUAAUGACGAUCGUGAUGUACGAAUUACGCCUAGCAAGUACUUCAAGGCGCGCCUCAUGGGUGCAGAUGCGCGGUUCGCGAGCGACACUAGCUACAUAUUCUUUGCACAGUAUGUAACAGAGCUGCACUUCAUACAGUCGAAUAUUUCCAUAUCUAUGCGCAAGGGCUCGCCAAUAACAAGCAAUGGCCGCGAAAUAUCUGCUGGUAUGUUGUCAAACAAAGAGGACUUACAGUCCAUUCUAAAGUCAGACCAGGGCUAUCGCUUCCUUCAGCCAGUCAGGGGUACUCCGCAGUUCUGGGACAAGACGCUAAAUGAAUUGUUCGCGAUGAUAAGACAGUUGGGAAUUCCAACCUGGUUUGCUACAUUUUCUGCGGCAGAUUUGCGCUGGCCAGAAGUGUUAGAGGCGAUUCGCCAGGAUCAUGGCACAGUACCAGUAAGCGAGUUGUCGUGGGAAGAGCGUUGCAACAUUUUGAAGAGUAACCCUGUCACUGCCGCUCGCAUGUUUGAUCACAGAGUCAAGCUGUUGUUUAAACAUCUCAUUAAAUCUCCAUCGCAACCGAUCGGUGAGGUCGUAGACACGUUCACGAGGACUGAGUUCCAGCAAAGGGGCUCACCUCAUAUACAUUGUUUGUUUUGGGUGAAAGAUGCACCAAAAUUGGGUGUAAAUUCUGAACAAGAGAUCUGCUCAUUUGUGGACAAAUAUGUGUGCUGUCAGCUGCCAAACCCAGAAACAGAUAAGGAGUUAUUUGACAUAGUUAGCCAAGUUCAAAUGCACCGAAAGGGUCAUACAUCAUCUUGCAAGAAAGGUGGCAAGGUCUGUAGGUUCGGUUUCCCUAAACCGCCAGUGAAGCAGACAUUUCUGUGCAGCCCUGUGCCCCAGCAGGACCUGACCGAUGAAGAAUCGGCAUCCAAUGCUGAGAGGAAGAAGCAAGCCGAAUCCAACCUGAAGAAGUUCUGGGAUGUUUUGGACAAGAACAAAGAGCCAGAGAAGUGCUCUACUGACGACGUUCUCAGGGAGGCAAACCUCACCACUGCGCAGUUGUGUGACGCUUUGAACUUGAUGGCAACUAGGAAGCAAGUAUUCCUCAGACGUCAGCCAAAGGACAUGUGGGUGAACAAUUUCAAUCCGCAUCUGCUCCGUGCGUGGAAUGGUAACAUGGACAUCCAAUAUAUCUUCGAUGCAUACAGUUGUGUCAAGUACAUUGUAUCGUACAUAAGCAAAGCAGAAAGAGAAAUGGGAAAGCUGCUCAAAGAGGCUCAGAAAGAGGCAAGGGAAGGUAACGAAGAUGUGGUUACAGAAAUGAGAAAAGUUGGCAGUGCCUACCUUCACCAUAGGGAAGUGAGUGCUCAGGAGGCGGUCUAUCGGGUCUGUAGCCUGAAGUUGAAGGAGUGCUCAAGAGCAGUCACAUUCAUACCGACAGAUGAGCAAGCCAAUCGCUUGUCGAAACCUUUGGCAGAGAUUCAAAGGCUUGCAAGUGAGGGAAACUGUGAUGAAACAAGCAUCUGGAUGCCAAGCAUUAUGGAUCGAUACAAGGCAAGGCCACUGGAAGAACCCUUCCUAUCAAUGUGUGCUGCAGAGUUUGUCUCGGAAUAUCGCGUCGUUUCUUGUUCGGGCAUGCAAGAUGAUGCCGAGCAGUCGUCCAGAGGAGCAGCAAAACAUAACUUGAGGGAUAAUUUGGGGGUUGUUCAAAAGCGUACAAGAUCUCAGCCUGCAGUCAUCCGUUACGCUAAGUUUAACAAAAUGAAAGAGCCAGAGCGAUUCUACUUGACAUUGCUCAAGUUGUACUUGCCACACUAUCUUGACACACAGUUGAAACCACCACAGUAUGCAAAGUAUGAAGAAUACUACUCUGAUGGGUUUGCUCCUUUGUCAGAGGAGAGAGUUAAUGUCAUUGUGCAUGGGAACAGGUGUAAAUUUGAGCAAAAUGUCGAGGAAAUUGAGCAGGCUCGUAAAGACGUGGAAGACGGUAAUCUAGAUGACGCUUGGGCCCAGAUCUUCCCCGAAGUGGAGCAAGAAAGACUCGAGUGCCUAGAUAAGAGGGGAGAAAACGAGGGGAAUGAUGAUGAUGAAGGCACUGAGGACGACAUUCCUGACCUAGCAACAACUGACAAAUCAAAAGAGAAAAGCUUUGCCAUAGAGGCCUGCCAGAAGCAGAUCUCAGAAGAAGCUGCGAUCCCCAUGAUGCAGUCACUCAACCCAAUGCAACAGAGGGUCUUCUAUUUUGUACGGAAGUGGUGUAUGGAGACUGCACAGGGAAAACGACCAGAUCCCUUUCAUAUUUUUGUAACGGGUGGUGCGGGGACUGGAAAGAGCCAUCUCAUCAAAUGCAUAUUCUAUGAGGCUACCAAGUUACUGCAACAGACACAAGAAAACCCUGAUAAUGUCUCUGUCCUUCUUACUGCACCCACAGGAACGGCUGCAUUCAACAUUGGGGGGAGCACGGUGCACCAUGCGUUCCAUCUGAUGCGUGUCUCGAAGACGUAUCAGCCGCUGUCUGAAAGUACCCUUAACACAUUGCGUGCGCAAUAUGAAAGCCUCAAAAUUGUGAUUGUAGAUGAAGUGUCGAUGAUUGACAAAAUGCUCAUGUCUUAUAUUCAUGGUAGGUUGAGUCAACUGAAACAGUCAAGGUCAAGUGCAAACUUUGGAAAUGUCAGCAUCUUGGCAGUAGGCGACAUGUAUCAGAUACCUCCAGUCAGGGGACAGAGUCUCUACAAGGGAACAGAUAUUAUUGACUUGUGGAAUCCAAUCUUUGAGGUUGUUGAACUUGAGGAAAUCAUGAGGCAGAAGGAUGAUGCUGCUUUUGCAAAGCUUUUGAAUAGAAUGAGAGUAAAGAAAAAAAAGGAGAAACUUUCAGAUGAAGAUGACAAAACUCUGUCGUCAAGGGUGCUGUGUCUUGACUUUGAAUCAGAUGAUUAUCCUAAAGAUGCACUUCACAUCUUUUCCACCAAGAAAGCUGUGGGAGACCAUAAUGACAAGAUGUUGAAUCUCAGGUGUUCAGAUAUUAGAUGUUUUGAAGCCUCUGAUUUUGUCAAAGAUCCCACCACAGGUUCGAUGAAAAAACGAGAUCUCGCUAAAGGGGGAAAAGAUGAUCUGCCCGAUAGGGUCCAAGUUGGGGUAGGCGCUCGUGUCAUGCUCUGUAGAAAUGUCAAUGUUAAGGACGGUCUUGUGAAUGGUGCAUUUGGAACAGUGACCGGUGUAACAGGUGGUCAGGAUUCAACUGUCUUUGUGCAGUUUGAUAACCCAAAGAUAGGUGCUCUUGAAAGGCAAAAAAGUGUGGUUCCUAGCAGUCUACCUGGCAAUUCAGUGCCGAUACGUCAGAUCGAGGACAACUUGAGUAACAAAAGUAAAGUUAAACGUUAUCAGAUUCCCCUCAAGCUAGCUUGGGCUUGUACGGUACACAAAGUACAGGGCAUGACUGUUCCCGAAGCGGUUGUCUCCAUGAAAAAUGUGUUUGCAUCAGGUAUGGCAUAUGUGGCGUUAAGCAGGGUAUGUUCCUUAAGUGGUCUCCACAUCACGGACUAUAAGCAGGAGUCAAUCUACUGUGAUGAGCAUGUAGAGAAAGCAGUCAAAGAGAUGAUGCACUUGCAGUUUAGAUCUGACCCGUUCAAAAAUGCCGAUGACAGGUCUGAAAGCAAUACGGUCUUGAAAAUUGUCCAUCACAAUACUCAAAAUCUAGUAAGUAACUUUGAAAGUCUAAAGUCUACCUGUCUGCUCAAAGCUGAUAUCAUAUGCUUGACCGAGACAUGGUUAUCGGAAGAUGUGCAGGAUUCUAAGGUGCAGCUAGAAAACUUUGAUGUGUUUCGCAAAGACAGAACACAUGUUUGUGAGGAAGAGUCUAUGACUAGAAGUUCACCACAUGGUGGAGUGGCAGUUUAUGUCCGUAAUGGAUACAGCUGUUAUGAAAUACCCAUUCCAGAUGACAUUAGCCUGGAAUGUGUGGUUAUGCUAAUGUCUGUGGAGGACAUAGAGAUUCUCAUUGUACCUGUUUACAGGCCACCUAGUGUGAAAAAAGACACAUUCAUAGUCAAUGUAGAGAAAUUGAUGCAGUACUUGUUGGCCACAGUGAAGCGAACAACCACAAUCUUUCUUGGGGACUUUAAUGAGAAUUUGUUAUCAGGUGAAGACAACAAAAAGAUACAGAAGUUCUUUGAGACAAACAAUUUCGAACAGUUGGUGGAAGAUCCUACAACCAUGAAAGGAACUCUUAUUGACCAUGUUUACAUUGCACCACCAUCAUCAAAUGUAAGCUGUGGGGUCAUACAGACAUUUUACAGUUACCAUGAUGCUGUGUAUUGUACGCUGUAUCGGUGAUGCUGCAAUAAGCCAUGAAAAAGGCAUUGGAUUAGAAAAAUUCCUUCCUUUGUGAUGUUGUGUAUCAUUAUAUACACCAGCUCUGGCCUUGCAUAGUCUGAUUGGUCGACCUCAUUGUUGACCAAACAUGGUAUGUGAGGGGGAGGGGUAAUGAAGUCGUGGACUCUUACCCGCUCCGCCCUUGCCAACCUCUUACCUCAUUGGUGGGUAAGGGGGCUCCUGGUAAAACAGGACCCCCCCUUACAAAUCAUUGGGGUUUGAUGUUGGUAAGGGGGUUCCUGGUAAUCAUCACCAGCUCUGGUCUUGGUAACCCUGUUUGAUCAAAGCUGAACAAACAGGGGAUGCGAGAGAGAGGGGUACUGAAGUCGUGGACUCUUACCCGCUCCGCCCUUGCCAACGACUCAUCUCAUUGGUGGGUAAGGGGCUCCUGGUAAAACAGGAACCCCCUUUACCAACCAUUGGGGUUUGAAUUGGUACGGGGGUUCCUGGUAUCAGAAAUCAUCGCCAGCUCUGGCCUUGCAUACUCUGAUUGGUCGACCUCAUUGUUGAACAAACAGGGUAUGCGAGGGGGAGGGGUACUGAAGUCGUGGACUCUUACCCGCUCCGCCCUUGCCAACCUCUUACCUCAUUGGUGGGUAAGGGGGCUCCUGGUAAAACAGGAACCCCCUUUACCAACUAUUGGGGUUUGGUGUUGGUAAGGGGGUUCCUGGUAUCAGAAAUCAUC